GGCUUUAUAGUGCUUAUCAAUUAUCAACAAGUGAAUUUUGUUUUGAGUAUCUAAUUAGGGAUACAGAUAAAAUCUUUUAUGUUUUUUCUCUUAAUCGAUCACAAUUCACCAACUUCCUCUCUUUCUUAGAACCUUAAUCUUUUGCACACAGCCUUUUCUAUCUGUUGGAUUCGUUGUUAUUUCGCAUCAGGAGUUUGCUCAGCUGCCUCUGUAAGGCGCUUACUUGUGUAAUGACUUCUGUGUCAAGCCAGCCACAGUUUCGCUACACCCAACCUCCAUCGAAGGUGCUUCACUUGAGAAAUUUGCCUUGGGAAUGCACUGAGGAAGAGCUGAUAGAAUUGGGGAAGCCUUUUGGUAAAGUUGUCAACACAAAAUGCAAUGUUGGAGCAAACAAAAAUCAAGCUUUCAUUGAAUUUGCGGACCUUAAUCAAGCCAUUGCCAUGAUAUCCUACUAUGCUUCGUCAUCAGAACCAGCACAAAUACGUGGAAAAACAGUUUACCUGCAGUAUUCCAAUAGGCAAGAAAUUGUGCACAAUAAGACCACUGCUGACACUGCAGGAAAUGUAUUAUUAGUGACAAUUGAGGGAAACGAAGCUCGCCAAGUCAGCAUUGAAUGCUUACACUUGAUGCAGGUUUUUUCAGCAUUUGGUUUGGUGCAUAAGAUAACAACUUUUGAAAAGACAGCUGGAUUCCAGGCCUUGAUUCAAUUUUCUGAUACAGAAACUGCAUAUUCUGCAAAGGAUGCUCUUGAUGGAAGAAAUAUUCCAAGGUACUUGCUUCCAGAGCAUGUAGGGCCGUGCAGUCUCAAGAUAACUUAUUCUGCGCAUGUUGAUUUAAGUGUCAAAUUCCAGAGUCACCGUAGCAGGGACUACACUAACCCAUACCUUCCGGUUGCACCAUCUGCUAUAGAUGCGACUGGUCAGCUAGGUGUUAGUGUGGAUGGAAAACAAUUGGAAACUGAGAGUAAUGUGCUACUGGCAUCUAUUGAAAAUAUGCAGUAUGCUGUCACUUUGGAUGCCUUACACACGGUCCUUUCUGCUUUUGGAGUUGUACAGAAGAUUGCUAUGUUUGAAAAAAAUGAAGGGCUGCAGGCUUUGAUUCAAUACCCUGAUGUUCAGACAGCUGCCAUUGUAAAAGAAUCACUGGAAGGGCAUUGCAUAUAUGAUGGAGGGUUUUGCAAACUUCACCUGGCUUAUUCCCGCCAUACAGAUUUAUGUAUCAAGGUGAAUAAUGACAGAAGCAGAGACUACACAGUUCCUAUCAAUACUGUUAUCCAACCCUCAAUAUUUGGACAACAUCCACCAGGCCAAAUGCCUGGAGCUGCUGCUGCCCCUCCUUAUAAUGGCGCACAAUAUCCAGGACAGCUUUCUUCGGGAGGCUGGGCUGCUACUGCUUCACCACCUCAACAUAUGCACAUGCAGAUGCCAAUGCAAAACUACCCAUACUUGACUCCUGGUGGAGCACCUCCUGGCACCAUGCCGCCCGGUUCUAUACCACCAAGCUCCAUGCCGCCCGGUUCUAUGCCACCAGGCUCUAUGCCACCCGGUUCUGUGCUACCAGGCUCCAUGCCGCCUGGUUCUAUGCCACCAGGCUCCAUGCCGCCUGCUUCUAUGCCACUAGGCUCGUUAGGAUCCAUGCUGCCCAGUUCAGUGGGACCUGCGCCAAUGCAUAUGCAGAACUCAAAUGGGUUGCAGCUGCCACUUGCUGUGCCUCCUUACAGCCAAUGACAGAUGGUAAGGGCUUAAGACUGACCUUGGUAUUGCCGAGUCGGGGUUUGGAAUUUUGAGCAGGAAACAUUCUAGCUUGCUAUGCUCAAUGAUUAAUACUUGUAUUAACCGUGAUCUCUUAAAUUUUUAUUGUUCAAAGUGUGUUCUAAAUGUUGUACACUUUUUUCCUAAUUUCUUAAAACAUCUAUUGCCGAAUGCCGAUAAGGUUGAGGUAUUUCUUCA